UAAUGUUUGACAUUGGAAUUUACCAACGCGAAGGGAGGUGCAGUACCGGUUGCACGCGUGUGGCGUACAUCGAAUGCUAUGACAGUUUCCUUCGAAUAUUUCGUCGAGAAAGUUACGUAAAAGUUUAUCGUUUCAUCAUUGAAUCAGUGGUACGAUGUUAUAGAAAGAAAAAGAAGUUAAGAAAAUCAUUGAUAUUAAUUUAUUGCCGAUAAACUGAUUCGACUUGACUCGACUCGACUCGACUCGACUCUUGUCCAACUUUCGUAAAGGAUAAAAAGUAUAAAAACGUUCUUGCGCGUCUCUCCGACAUCGAAGGAAUCAGGCGACAUUAUAUGGCGUCGUUGUACACGAAGAACCCGACAUUUCUUUUAUUACGUUAUAAAGUAUCUUUAAAUCACUUGAAUUAGUUUGUCGCGUCGUUAGGGAGAGUUUCGCGCGUAACCUUCGUUACGAACGCAUUUGUAAAGAGAGCGAGAGUGAGUGAGAGAGAGAGAAGAGAGAUAAGAAGAGAGAGAGAUAGUGAGAGAAAAUACAUAUACAUAUCCAUAUGUAGUGUAAGAAAAAGAGGCAAAAAAAGUGGGACCAGCUUGAGUUUAUUCGAUUAAAAGAGAGAGAGAGAGAGAGAGAGAGAGAGAGAGAGAGAGAAAGAAAGAAAGAAAGAAAAAGAGAAGGAAGAUCCAAAGGUACGGACUUCUUAUCAAUUUGAUCGUCAAAAAUAAAUUAAAAAACGUAUCUAACAAAGAUUAGACGCGCGGCUAAAAAAUUAGAAAAAAAAGAGAGGGAGAGAGAGAGAGAGAGAGAGAAAAAGAAGACGAGAAAGAAAGAAAGAAAGAAAAAAUAAAAGGAGGAAAAAAAAUAAAAUAAAAUAAAAUAAAAGGCGUGGAUUUGUAUCUGUAGGACGAUUAAUUAGGAAUACAGACAUAUACGAUAUAAAAACGUUUGCCAUAAGCCAUGGGUAAGACGCCAAAGAAGGCGGCCCCUGGGGGCGAUGAGAGGAAUUUGUACGUUCGGAGAAUCAAGGCAACGACCGCGCCGUCAAAAAGUUUUGAAUCUAUCUUACCUGAGAGACAGCGCGAGUCGGAGAAUUCGAACAGACCAAAGCUGAGUAAUAUACAGAAAAAAGUACUUCCUGGUUCUGCAAAAAAAAGUAAACUUCAUAGUGCAGCAUAUAAUUUGAAUCAAUCAACAAAGAGUUUAACUAAGGAAAUUAGUAAAGAAGGUAAAGUGCAAAGUACCCUUCAACAUUUACGAAUAGCAAAACAAAAGAUGCAGCCUAAACUGGAAGAAGCAGAAACAGCAAGUAGUAUAUCUACAGAGAAGGAUGAAAAGGAGGAGAUUACAAGUGACGUAGGUAACAAAAAAGAAGAAGCUCCAACCAAAGACAGUAAUAUUAAUCAUAUAACGGAUGAACAAGAUUCUACAUUGAGUACGAAUACUGAGAAAAAGACUGCAGAGAGUAUAGAAGAAGAUACAACAUCGAUACAAAAUGAAAUAAAAUUACAGGAUAAAGAGAAUGACAAAAAAGAAAAUUUGGAAGAGAAUAAAAAAGAAUCCAGAGAAGAAGAGCAAGAUGAAGUACAAUUAACUUUGCGAGUGGAGGAUAGUCCUGUGAAACCACAAGAGAGUGUAUCUACUGUUAGUAUAACAAAUGAUGAAAAUGAAUCGGAGGAAUUACCUCAAAUACAAGAAGUAAACGAUAAUACGAAAGAAAAGAAAAGUUCACAAACAGAAUCUGAAGCAGGAACAGAAAGUUGUUCCAUAGAUAUAGUAGAAUCUGUAACGUCUGAAUUAUCUGAGGUAUCUGAAUCUCCAAGUCAGCAGGAUACUCAGAAAGAAAGGGAAAACUUUGACCAAAACAUAAAGAAUGAGAUUUCAGGUGUAAAUUAUGACGCAUCAGUAACAUUAAAAGAUGUACAAAUUAAAUUAAAUGAUUGUCUUAAAGAAAAAUAUAAGCAUGUUGAAGUAUGCGAUACUGAUAAUAAUAUAUCCAACUUAUCUUCAAGCGAUACUUUUGGUAAAACUUUGCGGAAUAUUUCUGGAAGAUCUGCUAUUAAUAGAUUUCGACAUACAUCGUCGUUCGAAUAUAGGUUUUCUCCAAAUGAUACACAGUUAACAAACGUAUCAAUGUUAUCGUCACCACGAAGAGAAAUGACAAAUGUAAAAAUUUUACGUUAUAGUACAGGAUUAUCAGAUAUAAUGUCCAGUAAUGGUAAUCCUGUCGAAAGAAAACGUAAACUUGAAUCUCCUGAUUCAUUUACCAUAAAGAAACAAAAAACAGAGCAAAAUAGUUUGUUGAAUACAUCAAUGGAUCUUUUGAGGGGGUUACGUAAACCAAUACAAAUUUCGACACCAAAUGUAAGUUACAAGGUACAAUCUGAUAAAUUAAAUAUUAGAGAAAUAAAUGAUGGUAAUGAUAAGUUUUUACCAACGCAUACUGAUGAUGGUACAAAAAAAUGGUGUGUCAUUAUGUAAAGUAAUGAAAAAACUGAAUUAUUAUCUAUAAGUAUUUUUCUAUACUUCAUAAUUAUAGGAGAAGUAAUAAUCCUAAUCUGUACGUUAGUAAUAAUGUUAAAAAAAAUUGUUAUCCUUUUUUUUACUUGCUUAGUAUAAAGUUUAUACAUAUAGAAAGCAUAUGUACAUGUUUUCAUUUGUAUAUCUUGAUAAAGACUGCACAGUAGAAUUUACUUCUCCUAUAAAUCUUAUAUGCAUAUAUAUAUAUAUAUAUAUAUAUAUAUAUAUAUAUAUAUAUAUAUGUAUAUAUAUAUAUAUAUAUAUUUAAGAGUCUAUAUGCCUUCUUGCAUAAAAGUAUAAAAAAAAAAAAUAAAAAAAAAAUCACCCAGAAACUUUGAAUAGAAGAGUUCGUAUUGAUGUGUCUGAUUCAUGAUCAAACAUUUAUAUGAUAAAAAAGAUAUUUUAGAUUAUAUUGAAUAGUUGAAAAAGAGACGACGUUAUUGUAGAGAUAGAGAAGAGUUUAGAAACUUUUUUUAGAAUAAUCCAAGAACUUUAUACCAACCAUGUGUGUUGCUUGUUAUUUGAAUCUGUUCGCAAGUAAAAUAAUUCAUAUUACCAUUCGUUCAUUACAAAUAUUUCUAGACGAUCUAUAUUUAGUUUGAAAAAUAUAUUUAUGUUACUGUAUCGGGGACUUUACGAACCAUAUUGCAAAUCUAAGCAUCAUACCUGCACAAUUUUUUUGCAUAACUGCACAAACUAUAAUUCUCAAGUGCGAUAACUUGUAAACAUUGCUAUAUUCCAAAAAUAAACAAUAAUUGUAUGCUUCAAGAAAUAUCCGAAUUACUUCAGAAAAUUACUUUCAAAAGUUUUUGAUUAUAUGUUCUGUAAUAGUAUGGAUCAAAUUCAAUUUAUUAAAAAUAUAUUUUGAAAUAGUCUGUGUUUUAACUAAUUAUAAUAAUGAAUCGACUGGACGGGCAGAUCUCAUAGCUUGAAAAUAUAUUAUAAGCUUAAAAAAAUACAUAGAGAUUUAUAAGUAAUUAAUGAAUCAUUAUGAUAUACUAUUUUACAUUAAAAUCCUGAUUAAGUUGAUAUAAUAAUUUGUUCGAGAGUAGCCAAAAGCUUUAAUAUUAGUCUUAUGUUUAUGAUAUACAUAUACACACAUAAAUAUACAUAUAUGUAUAUGCACACACACACACACACAUAUAUAUAUAUGCAUACUUUUAUGCAUAUAUAUAUAUGUGUGUGUGUGUGUGUAUAUAUAUAUUAUAUUCUCAAAUAAUUUUUUAUAGUCGUAAAAAAAUAAAAAAAAAAGAAAAUCCAUCCUUCAAAAUACAUGACAUAGAACCUGUAAUAAAUUUCUCAUAGAAAUUAACAUAAAAUAUAUAUAAAGAGAGAGAGAGAAAAAGAGAGAAGGCUUAAUUAAUUAUUUGCAUUUUUAGAUCUAUCCUUAGAUCAUUCAGUAAAAUGUAAAUUUAAUGUAUUUUCAUAAUAGAUACUUGUGCAAAGCCUCAGCAUUUAUAAAUAAUUGUACAAAAAACUUUGGACAUUUUUUAAUAACAAGUAGAGAGAACGUAUCAAUUAAGUUGCCUUAUCUCGAUUUGGUGACAUAUGAAACACAUUUUUUUAAAUAAAAAAUAGUGCACAUAUAUGAAGAUACGUUGUUCAUAAUAGAAUCGUAUCUUUAAAUAAAUAAAAUAGAUUUUUAUUUUAAUGUAGAAAUUGACAUAUAGUUUUAUUAUCGUGCAAAUUAUAAAAGGUACAAAUAAUUGUACAUUGUAGUAAGAAUCAUGAAGUGUAAAAGACAAAAGCGAAAAUAGCUCUCUGCGUCAAAAAAAAAAAAAAAAAAAAAAAAAGAAAAAAGAAAAAAAGAAAAAAAAAGAAAAAAAGAAAAGGGAAAAAAAAAGAAAAAAAAGAAAGAAGAAAAACAAAAGACAAAAAGGUCAUCAAAUUUUAAUCCACUUUUUAAUCGUUGUUCAUUAACCUUUAUUAUCAUUUUUCUUAUAACUGCAAAAAGUCUGUAAAAACAAAAAAAAAUAUUCUUUAACUUUUACAUCUAUGACUGUUAUUGAGCGUAAUAAUUAAAUAAUUUUCUUUUUAUUUAUUUUUUUUUUUUUUUCUUUUUUUACUGCGAAUUAUUUCGUUCGUCCAAAUGUGUGAAAAAUGGAUUGUUCAAUUGUAAUGAUUUUUUUUUUACCUCAGCGUGUCGACAUUGCGUAUCAUAAAUUCUCUUACAAUAAAUAAAUAAAUAACGAAACAAAAAAGGAAAAGAAACAAUUGCGUCGAUAUUUGAAAAAAAAUUAAAUAAAGACAAAAUUCAAAUAUCGAUAAUAAAACCUAAUCGAAAUAUUGAAACAGAACGAUGUAAUUUUAUAUUUGUUAAUUGAAUAUUAUCGUCAAAAAGAUUAAUAAUGUAUAUAGAAAAAUGAGUUUUAAUAAAUUUCUUAAACUGUAAACAUCAAUUUGUAUGAAAGAUUAUAAAUAAAAUAGUAUAACGAUGA